AUGGACAUGGAAAAGAUGAUGGAAAUGUUGGCAAGAAUUGAUGCCAACGUGAAAUCUAACCAAUUCCGAGUUGAAUCUAUGAUGCUUCGUCUAGCCAAACCUAUUAAUUAUGUACCAGUGUCUCCCAGUAUUCAACAGAGAGCCAGAAUGAGGGCACCAGAGUCAUUGCCCCUGAUAUUGGAACCUGUCUCCAGGUUUUACAGUGAUCCAGUAAUUGUGCUGGAUUUUCAGAGUUUGUAUCCAUCAGUUAUCAUUGCCUACAACUACUGCUUCUCAACCUGCCUUGGAAAGGUGGAACAUCUGGGACAGGCAACUCCAUUUCUAUUUGGCUGCACCCAGCUUAAAGUUCCUCCUGCACAUCUGGUAAAAUUGGAGAGCAGUAUCAACAUAUCACCCUGUGGAGUAGCAUUUGUGAAUGAUGGGAUAAGGAAGGGCAUUCUACCACAGAUGCUACAAGAAAUUCUGGACACCAGGUUAAUGGUGAAACAGUCCAUGAAGAGACACAAAUCCAAUAAGGCGCUGCAGCGUGUGCUUCACUCAAGGCAACUUGGCCUCAAACUCAUAGCAAAUGUUACAUAUGGCUACACAGCAGCAAACUUCUCUGGCAGAAUGCCAUGUAGUGAGAUUGGUGACAGUGUUGUGAGUAAGGCAAGGGAGACACUGGAAAGAGCCAUACAUCUUGUAGAAGCAACUCCUCGCUGGGGGGCACAUGUGGUAUAUGGGGAUACUGACUCCCUGUUUGUGUUGGUCCCUGGUAAGAGUCGAGAGCAGGCUUUCAAGAUAGGAGCAGAGAUUGCAGAAGCUGUUACUCUAGACAACCCAAAACCAGUGAAAUUGAAAUUAGAGAAGGUUUAUCAGCCAUGUAUUUUACAGACCAAGAAGCGCUAUGUUGGAUAUAUGUAUGAAAGCCCAGAUCAAGAGAAGCCAGUCUAUGAUGCAAAAGGAAUCGAAACUGUUCGUCGAGAUGGAUGCCCUGCUGUAGCUAAGAUACUGGAGAAAUCUUUGAGACUUGUUUUUGAGACCAAGGAUGUGAGUCUAGUCAAGAGUUAUGUUUGUCAGCAGUUUACCAAAUUAUUGCAAGGACGCAUCAACAUGCAAGAUCUGAUUUUUGCUCGAGAGUAUCGUGGUAUGUCAGGUUAUAGACCUGGUGCUUGUGUACCUGCUUUAGAGCUGGCAAGGCGCUGGUUACAAACUGAUAGGCGUGCUGAGCCACGGCAACGUGAAAGAGUACCAUAUGUCAUUGUGAAUGGGCCACCAGGGUUACCACUGAUUCGCCUGGUUAGGUCACCACUUGACUUACUAGCUGAUCCAAGUCUGCGACCCAAUGCUACGUACUAUAUCACAAGGGUUAUUAUUCCACCACUUGACAGGUGUUUUUCACUUCUUGGGGCUGAAGUGGAGUCAUGGUAUGCUGAUAUGCCACGGAAAUGUGUAACAAACCUGCCUACAGCUCCGCCCUCUGGACUCAAGAAGUGCACUAUUUCACAGUAUUUCAUCACAAUGAAUUGCACAGUAUGUAACCAACCAACAGAUUCUGGCAUCUGCCUGAACUGUCAGCAACAGACUCAGCAUGUGGCUGUUGUCUUGGCAAACAAGAUCCGAAUAUGGGAGAGGACAUACACCAACAUUACAAAGGUGUGCCAGUCAUGUUGUGGACGUCCUGAAGCCAUUGACUGCAUUUCUCUUGAUUGUCCCAUUCUGUUCCGAAGAAAUCAGUCUACUCGUGACUUGCAGCAGGCCUCUUUUAUACAAAACCUACGAGACCAGUAUCUCACCUUCUGAGCCGACAUACCACCUGAUCAAUGUAAUGAAAGCUGUGACAGAUAUGUCAGCUCUGUACAGCUUCCUCCAAAUCAUGAAAAAUUAGAAACAGCAUCUACCCUCUAUUUUUCUGCUAACAUUCGUGAUUGUUGGCACUUCCACGUGUAACCAGUGACAAGAGGAUGGUAAGUGUGGUCUGCAGAACCAUUAACACUGAUACAGUACUGAACACAUUCACAUCUGGAAAGCAGUCUCAUGCAUCAUAUUUCUCAUACUAGCCUCAGGAGUGCAGAAAACUGAUUGCACUGUGCUUGAAUUCAUACCUUGUACUUUAGUCAUUUAUUUCUUGAAAUAUGCCAUUAGCUUAUAUGGCUUUAUACUCAUACAUAGCUGAUUUGUUAACCCUUCAGCUUAGAUAUAACUGUUCAUUGCAGACAAAAGGCAUUUCAUUUUAUACUGUUUAAAGCAUUUAAUAUAAA